CGUAGCAAGAGAAUGGAAAGAAACGGUGCAGCGCCAUUUCUAACAAAGACAUACGCCAUUGUUGACGAUCCGUCAACAGACGGAAUUAUCUCAUGGAGUGGAGGAAACAACAGUUUUCUAGUGAAGGAUCCACACCAUUUCUCUCUUCAUCUGCUCCCUCUGCACUUCAAACACUCCAACUUUUCAAGCUUCGUUCGACAGCUUAACACAUAUGGAUUUCGUAAAGUUGAUCCUGAUAGAUGGGAGUUUGCACAUGAAUGCUUUCUUCGAGGCCAAAAGCAUUUACUCAAUUCCAUUCGUCGCAGGAGAACAAGUCAUAACCAGUCUCAAAGGGCGGGCAGUAAAUUGGCUCCCAAAUAUGAUUCGGAGGGAGAAUUCCAGAGGCUUAACGACGACGAGGACGCCAUUGUUAUGGAGGUUGUUCAACUGAAGAAGCAACAGGAAAGUAUUGAUAGAGAACUUGAGGAUAUGCAGAGACGCUUCGCCUUCACAGAGCCAAAACCUCAGCAGAUGAUGUCGUUCCUCCAAACAUUCACUCAAAAUCCGAAUUUUACCGCUGAGACGCUUCAAAAGAGGCAUCUUGAUUUUGGGAAGAAGAGGAGAUUGUUGCCAAUGCCACAUAAGGAAGAGCUGAAAAAAUCUAGGGUUGAAUUGGGCUUGGAUUGUUCUAGAACAAAUUCUUUGACUACACCAAAUGGGUUUCUAGAUCUUGGGAUGAGUAGCAAUUCAUUUAUUGCAGAUGGAUUUGAAGAUUGUGUGCCUCUGAUAGACUCUGAGACCAGGGCUGGACUGCUAUUUAAGGAGUUAAUGGCUACUUGUUCACUUGGAGAGCAGAGCUCAGAGAAGUGUAUUGACAAGGAUGAUUUUGAGGUGGGCUUCGAAAAGGAUUUUCUGGGUUUGAGUAGUGUGGAUGACAUGAUUUCCUGGGAUCAGGUAUUCGCUGAGGAAACCCAAUUCAUCAACUGCAAAGUCCUUUCAGAAAUGCAGGGUACGCAGAUCAACAAAUCACCAGAUUUCAAAUGAAGAAGAACUUACGAUUGGUUUCCUUUCGGAAUAUUCAAUGUCUUAGCUAAAGACUGCUCUGAAUAUUUUUUGGAGUCUUUUCUGUCCGUUUGAAGAACAAUUUAAUCCAUUACAGUGGGAGUUCGCUCAGCUGUUUGGGCACUUGUUAUUUAUGUCUGGUCAAGUUGGUUCCAUAUUAAUAUGGCUUUUAUCGAGUCCUUUCUUAUUAUUGUUGAAGUUUAUUUUGAGUGCUUUUUUCUGUCUGUCCAAAUAUUGAUAGCUUACUAGUUUAUUCUGUCCAAUGACAGGAGGACAGUUGUUGCUCCCAUGGAGUAUAAUAGUUCAGUUAAGUUGAACAACUAUUUUAUAAUAUGAGCUUUUAAGCAGUGCAGCAGAAGCUGUAGUUUGCAGGUCAUCGGGCAGUCAUGGCAUUGAAGCCUAGUCAUACACACUUUGAAUCUGCAGCUAUUUAUGUGAUCUGUUUUGGUUUAGU